GUAGUGUGAAUCCAGUCCACACACAAAAUCAUGGCCACAGGCCUGUCAAUUCCCGCCACUCCCAACCACCAUUUCAUAUCAGCACCUCCGAAUCACAGCCACUGCCUCCGCCGCUACCACCGCCACCUCCGACUACCCACUUCCCUCGCCGCCCGGUCAUCUCUCACGGACCAAUCACAAACACUCUCAGCCAAGAACCACCUCCUGAGCCUCAUUAAGGACCAAGAACGAGGUCUCAGGACCCAAUCCGACCCGCAAAAGCUAUCUCAAAUCAUCCAAGCCAUUGACGCCAUUGCCGAGGUGGGCAAAGGGACCGUCACCACCGACAAUUCCCUCUCCGCAACGUGGCGGUUGCUGUGGACGACGGAGAAAGAACAGCUCUUCAUCAUAAAGAAUGCAUCUUUCUUUGGUACCAAAGCCGGUGAUGUGUUGCAAGUGAUUGAUGUGGGGAGCAAGACUCUCAACAAUGUCAUAACUUUUCCUCCCGAUGGGGUCUUCUUUGUUCGCUCUGUCAUUGAAGUUGCAUCGUCCCAGCGGGUUAAUUUUCGGUUUACAAGUGCAGUUUUGCGUGGGAAAGGCUGGGAAUUUCCAUUGCCUCCUUUCGGACAAGGAUGGUAAAUGAUUUGGGCUCCGAAUUCCUUGUGUCUGUGUCUUUUAGUUCCAAAUCUCAGCAAUUAUUCAUAGAUUUUCACAUUUUAGCUUCUAUCAAAACUGUCAUGAGUAACUCACAAAAUUUUCCGGGGAUGCUAUUCGAGUUGUUUUACAUUGUAUGUUUGAUUAUCAAAAAUUUUUUGUCUCACCUGUAAUGCCGUUUUGCUUGGCUUCCUGAUGAUAUUUUUGUGUUCCAACUUAGAAGUUGCAUUAAGUUUGUUUUGUAUGGGGACCUUGUAUUUGACUGUUUGUUUUGAUCUGUCCAUAUGAAGUACAGUGAUUAUGUCUCCUUUAAACAGGUUUGAGACCGUGUACCUCGAUAAUGAGAUUCGGGUGGUGAAAGAUAUUAGGGGCGACUAUUUGAUCGUUGAAAGAGCUCCCUAUUCCUGGAAAGAGUGAAGGUUCACUUUUCCUUCUCGUUCUUUUCAUGACUAAUUUAAAACGGUUUCAACAUAAUUAGAUGUAUAUGUUUAUAUUAGAAAGUUGCCUACUGUACUGUUAGAAUAAUGCCUUGAAUUUAUUGUGUAGUGUGCAAUAUAGAACUAUCGAUGCGUAGUAGGAACCAUUGACUUUCUUUUGUUUACUCUGGCUCAUUAAUUAUUUCACUAUGAGAAGCUUGUGUCCAAUGCACUUAUGGAAUGAAAAUCCUCAUGGAGUCUAUUGGUUACGCAUUUCUUAAGACUACACCUUUGUUGGUUAAAUGCAUUUCCGCAACUUCAGGGAUUGCGAGCUCAAGUUUUGGUUUGAAUCCAUAUUAUAAGGUAGCUAAGACUCAAGAGUUAAACUCCAGAUUAUGUCAGUGACUUGUUCUAUUGAUGUGUUUCUGACAAAAAUGUAAAGAGAUCACACAGUCACACAAUUCUCUUAAAGACUUUCUAGGUUCAAUUAUGUCCCUAAGCUGUCAAAGAAUUCAUCAGAUGAUAUUGAAGCCAAAAUGGGUGCCCAAGUUAUCUGAGAUGGCUUCAAAGAAAGUAAAGAGAAUGUGUUCAUCAUGCAGCUUGUACGUUGAUUUUUUUGCUAUAUCUUAAAAUGAGAGUAGGUUUUGUUUGAAUGGUCACUUAAGUAUAACCGAUUAAUCUAUUUGGUCGGGCUCUCCUCUGGAAAUUAUUAUAGGGUAAAAGUUAAAUGGGAUGGUGCAAUAUCACUUUGGCCUAUCUUGUUAUAGUUUUUCUAAGACAUAGGUCUCUGGUUUGUUUUCUUCUUUUCGUAGAGAUUCACAUCGAGAUGUCAAUUCUUGAAUGCUCAAAAGUUAUUACAUACUGCAGCCUUGUUAUGCCAACGUCCAUUGACUGCCCUUUUUCAGUAGAGCACUCUGGUAUGCGCUAAUAAACCAGACUGCUUAAUUUAGGGCAGGCUGUUUUAGAAGGAUAAGCCGAGUAUGAAUUUAGUCUACCUGAUGGAAGAAUUGGUGCACUGUUCUAGCAUCAUAGUGCUCAUACAAAUUCUUUUGCUUAAUUCCUUCAAUUCCAGAUAUUGUGUUUUGUGAAUAAAACUGAGCAUUGUGCAUACUGUAAACUUCUCGGUGUAGGACUCUCCAGGUCCCUUUAUAGCUCCACGUAGUUGUUUCUUCGACGUGCAAUGCUGUCUAAAACUUCUUGCCGCAGAACUAUGAACACACGAGUUGCUCUCUAGUUGCUUCUUCUUGGAGAAGCUUACAUGUUCCUUGGGGCUUAUUGUUAUUCUUGAAAUGCAGGUUCCGGAUAUUCUUGUAGAUAGGCAUUGAUUUAGUUCUUGUUGAGAAUGUUUCCUGAUAAGAGUUCUCCUUGAUAGAUAAAAUGUUGGCUUCAACAACCUCAAUCAGUUAGCAACUGCUUACUUGUGGUUGUUUAGGGAUGGGAAAAUAUCAAUAGUUUGAAAUCUCACCAUUUUCCAUUUACACCUUUCAAUUGAUCAUUAAACUCAGUUUCACUCAAAUUCUACACAAUUUUUGAAAGAAUACCCCAGAGCAAGGAAAUUUGUGAAGGAGCCUGCUCGUCACUGGUUCCAUCAGUUCAUGCAAAUGUGACAAUACAAAGGGUGCCUAAGCAUGGACACACAAAAAUAGUAGACCAUACAGUUCUCCCUGAGACUUUAUUCAGAUGCUGUAUGAGAGAACAAGAGCCAUUCAUGCCAUUCAGUCUACUGAGAUCCAUUCCAUGUUCAUAUAAGCCUAUGAUUGAAAUUGAUGGGAGAUGAAUAACUUUGUUAUGUAGACUUGAAGAAGGAAAAAAGGAUAAUAGAGUAAAUUAAAAGAUCAAAGAAGAUGAGAGAUCUGAAAAUCGAAUUAAAAAAUGACUCUUCCGCUUUCCCUAAGGAUUUAUCUUAUGUCCUUUAAUGUAAGAUUGAGUAUCAUAUGAUUGUUCGAUACUCUUUCCUCACACUGUCUGUAAAUGAAAAUACAUAUUCUUAAAAAACAUAUAUUUCAUUCAUGAAUUUAUUCUUUUUACCUAAUCAAGAUGAUCAAGAUCC